UACAUGUCCAUUGGAACACUACGUGAUCAAGUAAUCUAUCCAGACUCAGUGGAUGACAUGCACGAGAAAGGCUACCAAGAUCAAGAUCUGGAGUGUAUCCUGCAUAUGGUUCAUCUGUACCACAUAGUUCAAAGAGAAGGAGGCUGGGAUGCCAUCAUGGAUUGGAAAGAUGUCCUAUCAGGAGGAGAAAAACAAAGGAUGGGCAUGGCUCGGAUGUUUUACCAUAAGCCAAAAUACGCAUUGCUGGAUGAAUGCACGAGUGCUGUAAGCAUUGAUGUUGAAGGAAAGAUAUUCCAAGCUGCAAAAGCUGCUGGGAUAUCCCUGCUUUCUAUAACACACAGACCUUCUCUUUGGAAGUACCACACUCACUUGCUGCAGUUUGACGGACAGGGCGGCUGGCGUUUCGAGCAGUUGGACACCGCUAUCCGUUUAUCACUGAGUGAGGAAAAACAGAGACUGGAAUCCCAGCUUGCAGGAAUUCCUAAAAUGCAGCAGAGACUGAAUGAACUGUGUAAAAUCUUGGGAGAAGACUCAGUGCUUAAAACAAUUGAUGAAGAAGAAUAAAUAAUUUAUGUUUU